CUACGUCAUCAGGCGGCGUCGGUAAACGUUUAAACUGUUGGAAUAUGAUGCGUGGAGAUCAAUAACCCCGCAAAAUGUUUGUGCCCAGAGCUCUGAAAGUGAAGAGACCUGCCCAGACUUCAAGUCAGGUUUUGACCAAGAAGAGUAAGGUAGACCAGGAUGAAGGUACUUCAUCGAUACCUGUUCAAAAAGAGGAAGCAUGUGAAGACCCCAAAUCACAGAGGGAUGGAACAAAAGCUGGUAGAGGCCCAGCAAGUUUGACAGAGAGCUCAGUGUGUGAAGAUGUACACGAGUCUGCUUCAUGUGAUGCAGAGGAUGAUGAAGAGGAGGAGGAACCUGUUAAAUCCUACAAAAAGUAUCAAAGAUGGCCAGAGCCAGGAGAACCUGUCUGUGUGAUGUGUGGUCGAUAUGGAGAGUACAUUUGUGACAGCACGGACAACGAUGUUUGCAGUCUUGAGUGCAAAGCCAAACAUUUGGCACAAAUGGGGAUGGGGACUGGGGCAGAUGUGUUUAACCGAACAGACAGAAAUGAAGGUGAACGGACCCAAACUCAUCGGCCAGAAAAUGAACUUAGAGGAGUGGGUAUAAGUGAAGCAAGCUACUCAUAUAGAGAAGAUCCAUUCAUAUCAGGGUUGACAGAUGAGCAGGUGCAGCUGAUCAAACAAGAGCUGGGCAUUGAAACAGAGGGCAGAGAUGUCAGUAGACCCAUUGUCGAAUUUGAACACUGUGGCUUCCCUGCGACACUGAAAGACAACCUGAAAAAGGCCGGCUAUGAGGCUCCAACACCUGUCCAGAUGCAGAUGGUGCCUGUUGGUCUCACUGGAAGGGAUGUGAUUGCAAGCGCUGACACAGGCUCAGGGAAGACUGUGGCUUUCCUCUUGCCAGUGGUAGUGAGGGCACUGGAGAAACCAGCUCAAAGUAUGAGAGGCCCUGUGGCUCUCAUCCUGACCCCUACCAGGGAGCUUGCCAUUCAGAUAGAGAGACAGGCCAAGGAGCUGGUUAUGGGCUUCCCUAACAUGAGGACUGCACUGCUGGUGGGCGGUAUGCCACUUCCUCCGCAGCUCCACCGCCUCAAGAGCAGCAUAAAAAUAAUCAUAGCCACCCCUGGGCGACUGCUUGAGAUCUUGAAGCAGAAGGCAGUACAGCUGGAUAAUGUAAAGGUUGUGGUGGUUGAUGAGGUGGACACCAUGUUGAAGAUGGGUUUCCAGCAGCAGGUUCUAGAGGUGUUAGAGCAAGUCUCCGAAGAACAUCAGACUCUGCUGGCGUCGGCCACCAUCCCUAAGGGAACAGAGGAGCUGGCAUCCCGAUUGGUUCAUGACCCUGUGCGUAUUGUCAUUGGAGAGAAGAAUCAGCCUUGUGCCAACGUGAGGCAGAUUCUGCUCUGGGUAGAGGAGCCCUCCAAGAAGAAAAAACUGUUUGAGAUUGUCAAUGAUAGUAAGCUGUACCAUCCUCCAGUGGUUGUGUUUGUCGACUGUAAACUGGGAGCUGAUUUGCUGUGUGAGGCGGUCGCCAAGGUUACAGGCCUCAACACUGUGGCAAUCCACUCUGACAAGAGCCAAUGGGAGCGCAACCGCAUCCUCAGGGGUCUUCUGGAUGGAGCCUUUGAAGUGGUCAUCAGUACAGGUGUGCUUGGCAGAGGUCUGGACCUGGUCAAUGUAAGACUGGUAGUUAACUUUGACAUGCCAAACACAAUGGAUGAGUAUGUUCAUCAGGUGGGCAGAGCAGGUCGGCUGGGACACAGAGGAACAGCCAUCACCUUUCUCAACAAUAACAACAAGCGUCUGUUCCUCGAUGUGGUCAACCGGGUCAAACCCACCGGGUCCAUUCUGCCCCCUCAGCUCCUAAACUCUCCCCAUCUCCAUGAGCAGCAGAGGAGGGAAAAACAGAAGGCCAAGCAAGGGCCUGAUGAUGUAAUGGUCACUAAGAACAAUCUAUUAGACAUCAUAAGGAAACAUGACCGUCGCAAAAAAUAGCACAUUUCUUUGAUCAUACCUGCAAUGAUGCUGCGAAAUGUAUGAAUGAAAUACAUGUUUGGUUUUUGUAUUUUUCCAAUGUCAGGUUGAAAUUUUCUUAA